UAACAACUGAAAAUAAAUAAUAAAAAUAUACCGGCGUUAAGGAAAAAGCCAGGAGGCCACUGAGAAAAAGACACGUAUGAUGCUGGGAAACCACAUCUCUUCUCUUCAAAAAUCCCACUCUUAAUUCUCUUCUCCAAACAAUCUUCAUUCACGCUAGCUUCUUCUUCGUCUGCCAAAUUUCACAGAUGGCUUCUUCAUCGGCUUGUCUUAUAGGGAACGGAUUAUCUAUCCACACAACCAAACAGCGGUCUAAACAGCUUGGGCUCUCCUCAACGUUUGUUUCAGUUGAUAGAACAUCUAAAGUUACUGUUCUGAGGGCUUCUUUGGAUGUAAAGAAACACGAAGCAAGAAGGGGUUUCUUCAAGCUUUUACUUGGAAACGCUGCAGCUGCUGGAGUGGGUUUGCUUGGAACUGGAAAAGCAAACGCAGAUGAACAAGAGGUUUCUUCGUCUAGGAUGUCAUAUUCUAGGUUCCUCGAGUAUUUAGACAAGGGAAGGGUUGAUAAAGUAGAUUUGUAUGAGAAUGGGACAAUAGCUAUAGUGGAGGCUGUUUCUCCUGAGUUGGGUAACCGGAUUCAGCGUGUACGCGUACAGCUACCAGGAUUAAGCCAGGAGCUUCUCCAGAAGUUGAGGGCAAAGAAUAUUGAUUUUGCAGCACAUAAUGCUCAGGAAGACCAAGGCUCUCCAUUACUCAACUUGAUUGGGAAUCUUGCGUUCCCUGUGAUUCUCAUUGGCGGUUUGUUCCUUCUCUCGAGACGGUCCUCCGGUGGAAUGGGUGGCCCUGGUGGUCCCGGCUUCCCGCUUCAACUUGGUCAGUCGAAGGCAAAGUUCCAGAUGGAGCCAAACACCGGUGUGACGUUUGAUGAUGUUGCUGGAGUCGAUGAAGCCAAGCAAGAUUUCAUGGAAGUGGUGGAGUUUCUGAAGAAGCCUGAGAGGUUCACUGCGGUUGGUGCUCGGAUCCCGAAAGGUGUUCUCCUUGUUGGUCCUCCCGGUACUGGGAAAACGCUGUUGGCAAAAGCCAUUGCUGGUGAAGCCGGUGUGCCCUUCUUUUCGAUCUCGGGUUCUGAGUUUGUUGAGAUGUUUGUCGGUGUUGGUGCCUCAAGGGUCCGCGACCUUUUCAAAAAGGCCAAGGAGAAUGCUCCUUGCAUUGUGUUUGUUGAUGAAAUAGAUGCUGUUGGUAGGCAAAGAGGAACCGGAAUCGGUGGAGGUAAUGAUGAAAGAGAACAGACACUGAAUCAGCUCCUGACUGAGAUGGAUGGUUUUGAGGGUAACACUGGCGUUAUCGUAGUUGCUGCAACCAACAGGGCAGAUAUUCUUGACUCCGCCUUGCUGAGACCAGGACGUUUUGACCGGCAGGUGUCUGUUGACGUUCCAGACGUCAAGGGAAGAACAGAUAUACUCAAGGUUCACUCGGGGAAUAAGAAAUUCGAGGGCGGUGUUUCACUUGAAGUGAUAGCCAUGAGAACGCCUGGGUUUAGUGGAGCUGAUCUUGCAAACCUCUUGAACGAGGCUGCCAUAUUGGCCGGACGCCGUGGAAAGACAGCAAUAUCAUCGAAAGAGAUUGAUGACUCAAUCGAUAGAAUUGUAGCUGGCAUGGAAGGAACAGUCAUGACUGAUGGGAAGAGCAAAAGUCUGGUUGCUUACCAUGAAGUUGGCCAUGCCGUCUGUGGAACAUUGACUCCAGGACAUGAUGCUGUUCAAAAGGUCACAUUGAUACCAAGAGGCCAAGCGAGAGGUCUGACUUGGUUCAUUCCCUCAGAUGAUCCAACUCUAAUCUCCAAACAACAGCUCUUUGCAAGAAUUGUUGGUGGACUCGGUGGUAGAGCCGCUGAAGAAGUCAUCUUCGGUGAGCCCGAGGUGACUACUGGUGCAGUUGGUGACUUGCAACAGAUCACCGGUUUGGCUAAGCAGAUGGUGACAACAUUUGGGAUGUCUGAAAUCGGGCCAUGGUCGCUAAUGGAUUCGUCGGCUCAAAGCGACGUGAUUAUGAGGAUGAUGGCAAGAAACUCAAUGUCGGAGAAGCUUGCAAACGAUAUCGACUCAGCGGUGAAGACACUAUCAGACAGGGCAUACGAGAUAGCUUUGGGGCACAUAAGGAACAAUCGUGAAGCCAUGGACAAGAUUGUUGAAGUACUUCUCGAGAAAGAGACGAUGUCUGGCGAUGAAUUCCGAGCAAUCCUGUCUGAAUUUACGGAAAUCCCACCUGAAAACCGUGUUGCUUCCUCAACCUCAACAGCAACACCAACACCAGCUUCAGUCUGAGUAAAGAGGCCUUUGUGUGUAUAUCUUGAGAUACUUCCCCAUACUGUGUAACAAGUAAAUCUUAAUUUUACCUAGUUGGAGUAUAUAUACAAAUUCGUAGUACUUGCAUUUGUUAAGCCAUAAUCUUACUUGCUGAUAGAAUUAAUCCCGUGAACAUACUCCGAGAUUCAAAGUCCUUACACGUCACGGAGUUGGUACCGUGAUGAUGCUCAAAGAUUCAAGAUCAUAAUUACAUUUACCUACACACUACUACAAUGCUUCCUUGAAGGAACAAGAAUCAAACCCUAGAGUUAGACCUAAUAAUUUUUAAUCUUAAAUAAUACUACCAAGAUUCGAUGUCUACUCCUACACAUCCUAGUCCUUCCUUCCUUUUGAGCAAAACACCUUUAACCGUUAGAUUCAGACGCUCCAUCGAUCUUCCCCUUCUUCACCCAGACCGUAGGCCCUGUUGCCCUAAUAACACGUGUAGACGACCAAUCAUGUUUACGGUUUCGGUAAUUAGAGUGUCCGCUGUUCAAUCUCGCAGGUCCCUUGACCUCUCUAUCGCUUGCUUCCUCUCCUACUCUCUUCUCGGUCCACAGAUCCUGAAAUUGGCUUUCUACAGCAAUCGAAUCCCUCUCUCUGUUCUGAACAAUUUUAUCUCCCUUGGCCACGUAAACUCUGGGACUCUCCUCUUUCACCAGAUUACUCUCCCUCGGGAUGCACGCCUUUGAUUCAGAUUUGAAGCUCUCCUCCUCCACAGACCCAUCUUGAUUCUUUUUCUUCUUCAUCUUCUUACCCCAUCUCUUCUUUCUCUGUUGCGAAUCUCCUCCAUCUUCGUCCUUGUUGCUCACAGUCGCAGAGACCUCUGCUUCCUCGCAAUUUGGUUCCUUUUCCAAACGAUUCGGACGAAAACCUCCGCCUAAACCCUUUUUCUCGAGCUUCAUUCUUGGUUCUACGGCCUCCACUACUACCUUCAUUUUCUCUCUCCAUCCUUGUCCAUUCGCCUGCUGCUUCACUCCACUCUCUGCUAAGUCCUUUUCCUUCUGUUUCCGCUCUCUCUCCUUAACCCAACGCUCCUGAAGCUGGAGAAUGGAGACGUAGUUCGCCGGAAUCGACGCCACACUCUUCAUCUUCCCAUCAAUUUUCUUCUCCAUUAAAUUAACUUUCUUCUUGCGCAUCAUCAUCAAAGGCUAGAGAGGAAAGAGUUAAAAAAGACUAGAAAAGCGAUCGGACAGCAAACGACAAAGUCCGUAAGGCCCAUUGGGCUCUCGAACUGUACUGACUAGUGAGAAACAGCAAGA